AUGUUGAUGAAGUCUAAUUCCUUUGCAGUGAUGAAGAAUUUGUUAGCUUCAGUUUCAUUGGUAGCAUUAGUUUGUGUUGCUAAUGCACUCACCAAAAGUGAUUUCCCUCCUCACUUCUUGUUCGGUGCUUCAACCUCUGCUUAUCAGGUUGAAGGUGCAGCGAAUGAAGAUGGCAGGAAACCAAGCAUAUGGGAUACCUUUGCACACGCUGGCAAUGGAGGGCACUACAAGGGAGACGGUGACAUUGCAUGUGAUCAAUAUCACAAAUAUAAGGAUGAUGUCAAACUCAUGGCUAAAAUGGGCAUAGAUGCCUACAGAUUUUCUAUAUCAUGGUCAAGACUUAUUCCAGAUGGGAGAGGGCCGAUAAAUCCUAAGGGAUUGGAGUAUUACAACAACCUUAUCAAUGAACUAACAAGCCAAGGAAUCCAAGCACAUGUUACAUUGCAUCAUUGGGAUCUACCACAACCACUUGAAGAUGAAUACGGAGGAUGGGUUAACCGAAGAGUUAUAAAAGACUUCACAGCAUAUGCAGAUGUAUGCUUUAGAGAGUUUGGAGAUAGAGUUAAACAUUGGACUACAGUGAAUGAAGGAAAUGUAUGUUCACUUGGGGGCUAUGAUACAGGAAAUUUACCGCCUCAAAGGUGUUCAUCUUCCUCUAUAUCUAACUGCUCCAAAGGCAAUUCUUCAACUGAACCAUAUUUGGUAACUCAUCAUAUGUUGUUAGCACAUGCAUCAGCUGCAAGACUAUAUAGGACAAAGUACAAGGCCAAGCAAAAGGGAUUUAUUGGUUUUAAUCUUCUUGUUUUUGGUUUUGUUCCACUAACAAACACUAGUGAAGACAUAAUUGCCGCUAGAAGAGCCAGAGACUUCUAUAUUGGAUGGUUUCUGAAUCCCUUCAUAUUUGGAGAAUAUCCUGACUCCAUGAAAAAGAAUGCUGGUUCAAGACUUCCUUACUUCACCAUCAAGGAAUCAAAUUUGGUUAAGGGCUCAAUUGACUUCCUUGGAAUCAAUUUUUACUAUGCAUUUUGUAUUAAGAACGACCCAAAAAGCCUGCAGAAAAAGGAUAGAGAUUACACAGCAGAUAUGGCUGUGGAGGCUACACUCUACACUGGAAAUGAUACAACUGAAGAUGAGGUUCCAGCUAUACCCUGGAUUUUGGAAGGGCUGCUUCAAUCAUUGAAGAAUGAUUAUGGCAAUUUUCCAAUCUACAUUCAUGAAAAUGGUCAACAAACACGUAGAAAUUCAUCAUUAGAUGAUUGGUCAAGGGUGAGGUAUAUGCAUCAAUACAUAGGGAGCCUACUUGAUAUGUUGAGGAAUGGAUUGAAUAUAAAAGGUUACUUUGUAUGGUCCUUUUUGGAUGCAUUUGAGUUACUAAGUGGAUACGAAUCGAGUUUUGGCUUAUAUUACAUAGAUUUGAACGAUCCAACUUUGAGGAGGCAACCUAAACUUUCUUCUGUGUGGUACUCAAAUUUUCUAAACAACAAAACUAUGGACUCAAAGAUCACAAUGAAAAUUGAGGAGCAUUCUUCUAUCUCCAACACUCCCUUGAUGCAUACUGCCACUUAA